AUGGCGGCGUUUCCGAAAAGUCACUACUUAGCACAGGCACGCGGCCUGGGGCCUGCCUGGACGGUGAUCUUCUACGGCGUUCCCCUGACCAACAUCGCCAUCCACAUCGCCUGGUUGCUUGCGCUUCAUCCUGCACUCGCCUCGAUACCCUUGCCGUUCAGUCGGCAGCGCCUGAGGGACUUCCUUAACAAGAACUUCAUGCUCAGGCCCAGCAACCUUCAGACGGUCACCCUAAUCACCUCGGCCUUCAGUCACAUCCAGCCCCUUCACCUACUCGUCAACAUGUCUACGUAUGGCACGUACGUCAAACACCUCUGUGCGAGAGGAACGUCGCCGCUGCGGUUUGCUUUACUUGCUCUAGGAAGCGGCAUCGCCGCCAGCGCGGCUUUUGUGUGGAAUUCGCAGCGCCAGCGCCCAAGGAAGACCGCAGAAGAAAGCACCGCUGUGGGAGCCAGUGGUGUGCUGACGGGCCUCGGAAUAGCGCUGGCCGCCAUGCAUCCGGCCAUGAGAGUCCGUCUCUCUGGAACGAAUGUGGUGCUGUCUCUCCGCGAAGUAUCUCUGGCGAUGUUUGCCGUGGAUAUCUUCUGCCUUGGCACUCAAACCGAGACCGGUGUGGGACAUGCCGGUCACAUUGGGGGCGCGCUCUUCGGCCUGCUGUAUGCCUUGGGGAGGAAGUGGUUGGGUUACCGGAAUCUGUGA